AGAGAUAAUAAGGUUUUAAUUAGAUUUCGAUUAUCACGCCAGGAUGCAAAGUCUAAAAUUUUUUUUGAAAUCCACGAAUAGAAAUCAACGAAGUGAUGUCAAAUUAGAUGAAACUGAAAGUGCAAAUACUUAGUGGAACUGUGCCUGUUUUCCACCAGCUUUUAUGUAGAAAUGAACUUUUUAUGCCCUUGGAUCCAGUUUUAGGCAAAAUAGAUUAGCUACAACAGUCAAUUACUUGGUAAUAUUUUAUUCUUUUGAAAUUCAUAACAAAUGGCCUUUUUCUAAAGGUAUUUCGAAUUCAAUACGAAAUUAGCGUCACUAUAUUAUAAAUUAAACCAUUCAAACGUUGAAAUCUUUUGAACCGUCCAAAUACUGAUUAUUUUUCCAUAUUUCGCAUCCUAUUUGUUUUCUUGAAAAGAUAGGUCUUGCACUGAAAUCACUUUUUACAUUUAGCAAUUUUGCUCAGCAUAUUAGGCGAAUUAAUCCUACUGUGUGUGUUUUGGUGUUAAGUCUCAAUCACGGAAAUACAAUGGGAGGCAUUCGGUUUUAAGAUUUCCCAAAUCUUUCAUAAAAUGAAAAAAAUUUAUAUCUUGAUAACAAAAAUAAAAAAUAAACAAAUCAAACAAUACAAUGAUUUAUAGAUGUAUAAAUAUCAUGAAAAGCUUUUAGACAAUGAUUUAAAAUCUUUGUAACUUCCGGAAAUUACUACCACCAGCAUGCAGCAAAGCAAUUAUAAACAACUUUAUUAAAUCGAAAACAUCGAAACAGAAAUCGAAUGCAUACAGAAAAGGAUACGAUAAUUGCCUCAUUUCGUUUUGACAGUCAUCCCGUUGUAAUUCUGUUUGACUAAUCAUCUAAUUUACCAUUUCAUAUGGCUUAUAACACAUUCGACAAUACAUCACUAGGUGCUGAAGGAAUGAAUUCGGAUACAUCCAACGAAGGCGAAGCUAGCUCAUCCACCUCUCGAAGUGAAUUGAGUGUUUUGCCUUCAGCUGUUCGAACGGUCGAUUCUCCUUUUGGAAAAUUAAGAAUUCCAUCAGAUUUGGAGAAAAUUGAAAUUGCUUUUUUAACUUUGGCCACUAUCAGUACUCUUGUUGUAAUAGGAGUUGCAAUCGAUCGUCUUGCUAACACCAUUGAUGAAUCAGAUUCAUCAUUAGCAUUGGUGCUUAUUAUCAAUUCAGUAUUUUGUCUGGUAUACAUAUAUCAUGGAGUGUUUGGAGAGAGACCUUUCCAGCUAGGGGCAUUUAUGGUUGCCAUAGUGAUAGUGUCUAUAUAUUGCAUUAUCCAGUAUGCUAUUAAAACAAGAACUGUCUUGAUGGUUCGUCUCAUUAUAUUGCUGGUACUAGGAGCAGUGGAUCUAGGGCUCUGCCUUAAAAUUGCAUACGAGCAUUAUACAACGAAAAACCUCAUAAUCAGAACAGUUCGUUCGGCAAACAUAACUUUCCAAAAUAUGUGCAUGAACAUGUUUGCUUUUCAUACAUUGCUCUUAUUGGAGUUUGAAAUUUCGAUAUCUUUAAUUGUGCUGGUCAUGACUUCUGGAGUGGAAAAUGCGACUCAUCAUGAAAAAGUUAUUCUUUGUGUUGGUAUAUUUGUCGGAAUAAUUUGGCUUAUUGUUGGAUUUCUUGUGCCCAGAUACGAGGAAAGAACAUGGCUCUUGGCAUUUUUUCUUCUUAGCAUUCCACAGCCAAUUUAUGCAUUUUAUAAGAUCAUCAAGACUGGGAUAGAUUGGAAGAAGCACGAUAAAACUAUCAAUAUCUCCAUUAUGGUUUGUGCAAUAUUAUACUUGGUUAUACGAUGUUUGGUAUCGUUCUUUCUUUGGAUCGUAGUCCGCAACUUUGGGAAAGGAUUGAGAGAAGCAGUUUAUUACCCUGAUGAUAAGAAACGAAGUAAUUGCGAAGAGCCAGACAGCAAACCUUCCAACAAACCAACAAAUUCAAAUGACGAUUAUCUUGGAGAAAAUGUGAAUUAUGAUGUUCAUGACUGAAGAUUGCGAAUUUUUCAUUAGAACUCACAACGUUCUUGUUAUUUAUGCACGCUAACCCAAUUUACGUAAGAAUUAUAUUUUGUAAUUAUAGAUGUCUGGUAAGAGAAUGAACUUCGUUUAAAUAAUAUUUCUAAGAUUGUUUACUUAGACUUUCUGGGAAAUCAAGAAAAUGCACUAUGUGUAAAAUAAAGUGACACGAUAGUGACAACUAUCUCUAGAAAAAUUGACAAUAUGUUCUGACUUCAAUGUAAUAUGUUGUACAUAACCAUGUAAACCUCGCUUGGUAAACCAUAUAUCAAAACAUAGCGACGGCCCAGCUAAAAAUAACUAUCUUUUAAUACAAUCAUUAGAUAGAUAA